CUAGUGGACACGCCCCCAAAGCGUGACCGCUGUACCUGGUGCUGGCAACUAAAUCCUGCUUUUUCACGUAAAGAAGUGAGCGAAAACUGUGACCGUAGUCAGUAUUUGGGACUUAAAAUGUACAGUCUAACGGCACUGAUGUCAGCGCUGAACUGAGGAAAAGCGAGACACACCCUCCCCCAGUGCUGUUGUCACUACUCAGAGCCUCCACAGAAGCUCCUUCCCGCCCUCACCUCUCUACUGAGCAGGUCCUCAUAAGUCGUGAUGUCUUCCAAGCAAGUCUCCUGAUAGGAAAGCGUGAUGACAGCACAUACCUUAACAGUCUGAACCGUCUCCACACCACCAACCAAACAAAGAAGUAAAAGUGUCGCUUUGGGAACCAGGCUGACCAUUUCCUGGGUUCUCUGGCUUUUGCGAAGAUGUUAAACCGAACACUGGCAGUCCCUCCGUGGAUUGUUUACCGGCAUCACAGCUCGCCUGCCGCUAAUGUCCAUGUUCCAUACAGUGAGUUCUUCAAACUUGAAGCCUUGUCGGCCUACCAUCGUGUGGUGGCUUUGGAAGUCUUCAUGAAGGAGCUUGCUGACAAACACUGGCCAGUAGGACAGAGGAAAGCAUACUGCUUUGAGGCAGCGGCUCAACGGAGUGCAGAUGGACGAUCCUGUCCCAUGAAGGAUGGUAAUCCAUUCGGUCAGUUCUGGGACUAUGUUGGCGUGGAAUUUGACGAGUCGGUGUUAUUUAGUGGUAUUUCCUUCAGUGCAUACCACCAGCAGCAGUGGAUGGAGAAGUUCCCACCCAACCGGCACCCAGUCUUGGCCCUGCCCGGAGCUCCUGCCCAGUUCCCGGUGGUGGAGGAACACGUUAGCCUGCAGCGUUACGUAGUUUGGUCCGACAAGAUGGUGGCAGAGGGACAGGAACACAUCGCUGCCGUCCUGACUCGGCCCUAUGUUGGCAUUCACUUGAGGAUUGGCAGUGACUGGCAAAACGCCUGCAAAUUGCUGAAGAGCGGCGAUGCGGGGCCCCAUUUCAUGGCCUCCCCUCAGUGUGUGGGCUACAAGCGGCAGACGGCGCUGCCCCUCACCAUGACCAUGUGCCUACCCGACCUGGCCGAGAUCUGCAGGGCCGUAAAGCUGUGGGUGGAAAGGACUUCGGCUCGCUCGGUCUACAUCGCCACCGACUCGGAGUCCCACCGCAGCGAUAUUGAGAAGCUCUUCAAGGGCAAGGUCAAAGUGGUGAGUUUGCGGCCUGACUCUCCCCAAGUGGACCUGUACAUUUUAGGCCAAGCGGACCACUUUAUUGGGAACUGCGUCUCAUCAUUUACUGCCUUUGUGAAGAGAGAAAGGGACGUGCACAAACGUCCCUCCUCCUUUUUUGGCAUGGACCAAUCUGGGCAUGGUGAACCAGUCUGCACCAGUACUCAAUCUGCAUCAGAAAUGCUACGGCAACACCACUUGGACGAACAAUAUUGCGGCAAUCCAGAACUGCCUCUGUCCUCGAGCUGCAGCAAAGACGUGAACUAAAUACAGCCGUAUUAAAAAAAAAAAAAAACUGACGGAGAUAUAAAAGGGAAAACUACUCUAAAUAGACACAACGCAGGGGAAAAUUGCUGCGUGGUAACUACAAACGGUCACAACAGAAGUAAACCCAAAGAUAAAAAUGACGCAAAUGGUGCGUCUGUUUUUGAAGUGUGCUGGGUUGAGAAUUCAAUAACAGCUCAACAAUAGCUUGACACUUUAAACUAGUGAUUCCCAACCGCUGCCCCGCGGUGAUAGAGCAUCACACUUUUUU